AUGUUCCGUUCCGAUAUUCCCACAACAACAAACAACAGCAGCAAAGCCACGAGCAGAGCCAAGGGCAGAGCCAAGAGUAUUAAUAAGAUCAAAGCCAAGAUCAGACCCAAGGGAAGACCCAAGGGAAGACCCAAGGGAGGACCCACGGAAAGAGCCAAGGGCAGAGCCAUUGGAUCCCCACAACGUCAUUGCAACUCUUCCUUUGAAGUUGCAGAGAUCCUUCAAGAAGUUUUUCAUGUCAAGAUUGAAAUGAUGGGAGCACAGUGGAAUGCUUUGAAUUUCACCCAACAAGGAACACUUUACAAUUCCUACUCUCAUAUUGUGACAGUGCAUGGAGCCCAUCUUUGCAAUCUCAUGUUCUCCAGACCUGGCACCCAGGUGGUAGAAAUUGUUCCCAUUGCAACCAGGGAGCUCCGCCCAGAUGAGUCUCUGAAUAGGCGUCCCGAUGCCAAAGAUCAACGGGACUGGUACGGCCCAUUGGGGGGUUUUCUCUUCCUUCUCUAG